UGAACUCCCACAUGCUGCUGUCUGCGCCUGGCCGCUGGCACCAAGCCUCCUCCUCCCCGCUCGCCCCCAGAUUCCCUCCCCUCCGCCUUGCUUUUGUCUGGAGGGUGCUAUGCUAUGCCUGUGUGCGAGUGCGUGUGCGUGCGUGCGUGUGUGUGUGUGUGUGUGUGUGUGUGUGUGUGUGUGUGUGUGUGUGUGAGCGUGUGUGUUUUUGGAUUUCAUACUAAUUUUCUGGAGUUUCUGCCCCUGCUCUGCGUCAGCCCUCACGUCACUUCGCCAGCAGUAGCAGAGGCGGCGGCGGCCGCCGGUUAGAGCCCAGUCGCUGCUUCAGCUGCUGUUGCUGCUUCUGCGGCGCUCUGCUCCCUGCGCUGGCUACGGGAGGCCGGGGGAGCCGCGCCGACAGUCCUCUGUGGCCAGGGCCGGCACUGUCCUGCUACCGCAGUUGCUCCCCAGCCCUGAGGUGCGCACCGAUAUCGAUAUCCGUGCCGGUUUAGCGGUUCUGCGACCCAAAGAGUCCAGGGAGAGCCACCGAGUGGCGCCUGGCGUAUAGGACCAUGCAGCCGCCUUGUGGCUUGGAGCAGCGGCCCGUGAUGUUCCAGCCACUGUGAACCAUUUGGUCAGCGCCAACCUGCUCAGCCCCAGCACCGACAGGCUCAGCCUCUGGUACGCUCCUCUCGGCGGGAGGCCAUCAGCACCAAGCAGCAAGAGGGCUCAGGGAAGGCCUCCCCCCUCCGGCGGGGGACGCCUGGCUCAGCGUAGGGACACGCACUCUGACUGACUGGCACUGGCAGCUCGGGAUGUCGCCCUGGCCGAGGUGGCAUGGACCCGCCAUGGCGCGGCUCUGGGGCUUAUGCUUGCUGGUCUUGGGCUUCUGGAGGGCUUCUCUUGCCUGCCCCAUGUCCUGCAAAUGCAGCACCACUAGGAUUUGGUGUACCGAGCCUUCUCCUGGCAUCGUGGCAUUUCCGAGGUUGGAACCUAACAGCAUUGACCCAGAGAACAUCACCGAAAUUCUCAUUGCAAACCAGAAAAGGUUAGAAAUCAUCAAUGAAGAUGAUGUCGAAGCUUACGUGGGGCUGAAAAACCUUACAAUUGUGGAUUCCGGCUUAAAGUUUGUGGCUUACAAGGCGUUUCUGAAGAACGGCAACCUGCGGCACAUCAAUUUCACUCGAAACAAGCUGACGAGUUUGUCCAGGAGACAUUUCCGCCACCUUGACUUGUCUGACCUGAUCCUGACGGGUAAUCCGUUCACGUGUUCCUGUGACAUCAUGUGGCUCAAGACUCUCCAGGAGACGAAAUCCAGCCCCGACACUCAGGAUUUGUAUUGCCUCAAUGAGAGCAGCAAGAAUACCCCUCUGGCGAACCUGCAGAUUCCCAAUUGUGGUCUGCCGUCUGCACGUCUGGCCGCUCCUAACCUCACGGUGGAGGAAGGGAAGUCUGUGACCAUUUCCUGCAGCGUCGGGGGUGACCCGCUCCCCACCUUGUACUGGGACGUUGGGAAUUUGGUUUCCAAACACAUGAAUGAAACAAGCCACACACAGGGCUCCUUAAGGAUAACAAACAUUUCAUCGGAUGACAGUGGGAAACAAAUCUCUUGUGUGGCAGAAAACCUCGUUGGAGAAGAUCAAGACUCUGUGAACCUCACUGUGCAUUUUGCACCAACCAUCACAUUUCUCGAAUCUCCAACCUCAGACCACCACUGGUGCAUCCCAUUCACUGUGAGAGGCAACCCCAAGCCAGCACUUCAGUGGUUCUACAACGGAGCCAUACUGAAUGAAUCCAAGUACAUCUGUACCAAAAUACACGUCACCAAUCACACGGAGUACCACGGCUGCCUCCAGCUGGAUAACCCCACUCAUAUGAAUAAUGGAGACUACACCCUAAUGGCCAAGAAUGAAUAUGGGAAGGACGAGAGACAGAUUUCUGCUCACUUCAUGGGCCGGCCUGGAGUUGACUAUGAGACAAACCCAAAUUACCCUGAAGUCCUCUAUGAAGACUGGACCACGCCAACUGACAUCGGGGAUACUACAAACAAAAGUAAUGAGAUCCCCUCCACGGAUGUUGCUGACCAAACCAAUCGGGAGCAUCUCUCGGUCUAUGCCGUGGUGGUGAUUGCCUCUGUGGUAGGAUUCUGCCUGCUGGUGAUGCUGCUUCUGCUCAAGUUGGCGAGACAUUCCAAGUUUGGCAUGAAAGAUGUCUCAUGGUUUGGAAUUGGGAAAGUAAAGUCAAGACAAGGUGUGGGCCCAGCUUCCGUCAUCAGCAACGACGAUGACUCUGCCAGCCCUCUCCACCACAUCUCCAACGGGAGCAACACUCCGUCUUCUUCGGAGGGCGGGCCCGAUGCUGUCAUCAUUGGGAUGACCAAGAUCCCUGUCAUUGAAAACCCCCAGUACUUCGGUAUCACCAACAGCCAGCUCAAGCCGGACACAUUUGUUCAGCACAUCAAGAGACACAACAUCGUUCUGAAGAGGGAGCUUGGAGAAGGAGCCUUUGGGAAAGUUUUCCUAGCGGAGUGCUAUAACCUCUGCCCCGAGCAGGAUAAGAUCCUGGUGGCCGUGAAGACGCUGAAGGACGCCAGCGACAAUGCUCGCAAGGACUUUCAUCGCGAAGCCGAGCUGCUGACCAACCUCCAGCACGAGCACAUUGUCAAGUUCUACGGUGUCUGUGUGGAGGGCGACCCACUCAUCAUGGUCUUUGAGUACAUGAAGCACGGGGACCUCAACAAGUUCCUUAGGGCACACGGGCCAGAUGCAGUGCUGAUGGCAGAGGGUAACCCGCCCACCGAGCUGACGCAGUCGCAGAUGCUGCACAUCGCUCAGCAAAUCGCAGCAGGCAUGGUCUACCUGGCAUCCCAACACUUCGUGCACCGAGACCUGGCCACCCGGAACUGCUUGGUAGGAGAGAACCUGCUGGUGAAAAUUGGGGACUUCGGGAUGUCCCGGGAUGUAUACAGCACCGACUACUACCGGGUUGGUGGCCACACAAUGUUGCCCAUCCGAUGGAUGCCUCCAGAGAGCAUCAUGUACAGGAAAUUCACCACCGAGAGUGACGUCUGGAGCCUGGGAGUUGUGUUGUGGGAGAUCUUCACCUACGGCAAGCAGCCCUGGUAUCAGCUAUCAAACAACGAGGUGAUAGAAUGCAUCACCCAGGGCAGAGUCCUUCAGCGGCCUCGCACGUGUCCCCAGGAGGUGUACGAGCUGAUGCUGGGAUGCUGGCAGCGGGAACCACACACAAGGAAGAACAUCAAGAACAUCCACACACUCCUUCAGAACUUGGCGAAGGCGUCGCCCGUCUACCUGGACAUCCUAGGCUAGACUCCCUCUUCUCCCAGACGGCCCUUCCCAAGGCACCCCUCAGACCUCUUAACUGCCGCUGAUGUCACCACCUUGCUGUCCUUCGCUCUGACAGUGUUAACAAGACAAGGAGCGGCUCUCCGGGGUGAGGCAGUGCGCACUUCCCCAUCCACAGACAGUAUCGACUCGCUUCUGGCUUUGUCGCUUUCUCUCCCUUUGGUUUGUUUCUUUCUUUUGCCCAUUCUCCAUUUAUUUAUUUAUUUAUUUAUUUAUUUAUUUAUUUAUUUAUCUAUCUAUCUAUCUAUCUAUCUAUCUAUUUAUUUAUUUAUUGGUCUUCACUGCUUCAUGGUCCUCGGCCUCUCUCCUUGACCGAUCUGGCUUCUGUACUCCUAUUCACUGUACAUAGACAAAGGCCUUAACAAACCUGAUUUGUUAUAUCAGCAGACACUCCAGUUUGCCCACCACAACUAACAAUGCCUUGUUGUAUUCCUGCCUUUGAUGUGGAUGAAAAAAAGGGAAAAAAAAAUAAUCAAACAUCUGACUUAAACCGUCACUUCCGAUGUACAGACACGGGGCGUUUCUAUGGAUUCACUUCUAUCUAUCUAUUUAUUUAUUUAUCUAUUUAUUUAUUUCUCUUCUUUGUUGUUUUCCGGUGGUUUUAGCCUGUGUAUGAGAAGGGAAAGUCAUGUACAGUCUGGGAAAACUUUAUCUGUGGGAAAUGGAAACCAGAAAGGGAAAGAAGCUUUACCAUAAAGCACAGCAGGAGUGAGACACAGAAAAGCCAUUGGAUCAGCCAGAGUCCGUCCUGCAUAGGAAAACCCAGCAGCCAUCAGGCUGGAGGAUCAUGUUCGGCACUGACCCCCGAGGACCUUUCUGAGGAGGACACAGAAUGUUAAACUCUGCAUCAUGGACACAGUUUCCGAUCACAGAUACUGGCCUUCAAUGGAAAAAAAAAAAAACCCAGAUAGUUCUUGUGAGACCUGGACAGCACGUCCAACAUCCAGACAUUGUGGUCGGGCACAGUGACAGAGUUGAUGCAUUUCUCACGGGUUAUUCUACAGAGCUUUUGUCAAGUCCAAUGGAAGGAGGUAGAUUCUUGUUCAGAUAUGAUUUCGGGAAAAACCGAGUCCUUGACAAAGACAGGAGACACCCUCAGUUGGGAGGCAAGUUUCUCUUACCUUGGACUUUCUCACACAGCAAUUCUCACCCCCACCCCCUCCACUCUCACCUGUCUUGUAACUGUGCAAACAAAAGUGUGCAUGGUCUUUGUCAGUUGAUACCUUUGUGCACCUCUGUGCAGAAACUGCUGUCUGUCCCGGCUGUGGUACCCGAUCAGUGGGGUAGAUCCACGAAAGGUCUCAUUUUAGGCCGCUUUGGGAAGGUAACCAGAUCGGUAGCUGGAAGCACUCUCCAGUAGGUGGCGAAGGGUGAGUGGGUCUGCUGAAGCCUGCAUAUCUUCACCCACCUCAAACCCACCGGGCUGCACAGGGGACAGGCACAGGCCACCCCUGAGGGACAGGGAAGCUCUCUUGGGAUACCACCUGAGUUUACAUUCAGUGUGCUCAGGUCAAGUCUCUCGCUCGGGGCUCUGUUUCGGGGAGAAUGGUUUCAUUCCAACGCACUCAUUAUCAGGAUUCUGUUUUCUUAACUAUACUCCAUUAAAAAGGUUUUUUUUACAAAAAAGAAAAAAAAAAACGUAAGCCUUGACACACUAUAUGGCUCCUGGGAGGCUGUGCCCAGACUGAGCCUGGAGAUUUGCGUCUGUGCACGGUCCUUGGUUUUCCUAAAAGGGGGAGGUAAAUUUACAUAGAAAUGUACAGUUAUCUGGGUAGUCAUUCAGACCGAGGGAGACCAGCGUUUCCAUUUCUCUGUCCCCUCUAUGAGGGGAAGUUCGAUAAACUUGACACCUUUAUAAACGCGAGCCAGAUCAGAAGGGAGCGACUCAACAUCCACCUUAGGACAUUUUAUUUGAUGUUUAUUUCAGAAGGUGCAAGAGCUCUGCGUGGUUUUCAUUUGUGCCCGUUGAUUUCUGGAGCACUGUGUCUUCUAGUAGAAACUUUGAGAGCCGGUUCUCACAAUAAACCUUUAAAAACUGUGCGAAUUCACCGAGAGCAGACGGCGACCCAGGAGGCCCACUUGAGUGGGCAGUCGCACAAGGCGAUGCCAUGGUCCUUGCUGUUGCGCUGGCCCAUGAGAGACGGGAGCUAUUGGUCCACUUGACCCACUCAAACCAACCCCUCCAGAAUACGUACAAUAAUAAACGAAAGCCAUAUCUCUGAUAUAUACCGCCAGGUAUUUGUCACUAAAGGACCCAUGGUUCUGUCAGACGACACCGUGGAGCCGUGAGGCGGCAGGAAGGCAAGGGCACAUUCGUACACGCUCCUCCGGUUCCCACCAGCCAUGAUCUGUGAACUUGCUGCCCUGGGAGAAAAAGCUGCAAGAGACUUAACAGAGAGCAAAGGAGGUAGCUUUGUAAGAGGCCAAGGUGAGAGAGGCCACGCAGGUUUACGGCAAAGGUCUGUACCGGGGACGUGGGAGCAUUCCAUUCCAGUUUUGUAUUUUCCUCGGCAAGCAAAAGAGAGCAGAGAGAGGGAGGGGGGGAGAGAGGGAAAGAAAGGAGGAGGAGGAGGAGGAAGAGGAGGAGGAGGUGGAGAGAGAGAGAGAGAGAGAGAGAGAGAGAGAGAGAGAUUCCUUAUGAUUUUCAGCAAGUCCAUGAAGGUCUCAAAAUGAAAGUGUCUAUGCAAGUGCAAAUUUUUACAGUUAUUUAUACUAAUUAUUAGUUAUCAAUUAUUCUUAUUAUCACCAGUCUCUCUGUUGUCUCAAAAAUAUGUGCCGAUCUCAGAGUGUUAAAGAGUAUUCGAUGGCUUUUGAAGUAGUCGGGUGAGCCAAGGACACCUUAAAAGAAUUUUCAUUAUUCAUCUACUAUCUCCUUUCUUGUGGUAUUUUAAGUUUUAGAAAAGAAGCAUUCUCGUUCUAAAACAUAUCCCUCUCCAUAUAGGACAAAAAAAAUGGUGUUAGCAAACCAAAACCUCCCCUGGUCCCUGUCUUGACAUCCAAUCCAUGUCUCAACUGCUUGAUGAUUUCCGAGUGCUUUUUGCAUAUGUUGUCAAAUUAUUCUUUUUUUUUUCUUUUUUUGGCAAGGGAAUAGAGACUCAGGUCAGAGGACAAACGUGGGCUUCACCCAAGUCUGCCCACCAGAUAUGCUAACAUACAAACAAGACCCCCGGGAAAGAAACACACUAGCAGCAUAUCUGUGAAACAGGGUGGGAGAGGGCACACAGAUGAGACGUUACGUCAUGAGCUUCUGCUCCUGGCUUCCGCUGACUCCCAAUGUCACAUUCAGCCUCAUUUAGGAAAAAACGCUUCAAACACUGCUCUCCAGGGUUCUGUCAGAACUCAUGCACGCGUGCUUACACCAGCCCCGCUUGUGGUGAUUUUAUGUACUUAUAUACAUAUAUAUAUUACACAUAAUAUAUGUUAUAAACACUUGAUUUAUACAUAUACAAAUGCACACAUGUAGUGUGUUUGUGUGUUUAUGUAUAAACGUAUAGGAACAUGGUAAUAGAAUAAUUAUAAGUAGGGUGCAAUAUGAAUAAUUUGCUUAAUAUUUGCUAAGUAACCAAAACUUUCCAACGUCAUGUGGCCGUUCCUAUUUCCAUGCUCGAUGUGGGUAAGGACCACAUGUUCGACUCUGUGCAGUCCUGGGAUGGAAGGUGGGUUGAAAGUCACACAUCCCCUGAAACAACUGACCGAAAGCCAUCCUCUCCUUUGAGUCUGUUCUCUGGCUCUUUACAAAGGGAAAAUACCGACCAACAGUCUCCUCGUGUCCACGUCCUGGGAAGAAGGAGUGGGUUUCGUCUUCUUGCACGUUUGGAUUAUGCUCCCCUUUCCUGGCUCUCGGAGACUGAGCAUUUUAGACACAAACUACAGGGCUGUAGGGAGACCAGUGUCUUCAAGGCAGAUGGCAAAGCAUCCAAGAAUCUAUAGCGAGACGGGCAGCUCAAAGCCACCCCUCAUCCACGUGGCGAGCAAGAGACGCGGCGUGCAGUGCUGCCCCUCUUAUGGACCCGGCAGUGGGGUCCUCGGUCAAGGGCAGACUUUCUCUAAGGCUCUCCUUUUGCCAAUAGCACUGCCAGCAUUACCUGGCAUUGAGUUGCGUCUUAUUUCUAAAACGGAGGCGCAGACUCGUGUGCUCUCAUGGCUCCGCCCCCAAAUCCCUCAUCCACUAUUAGAGGGCUUCAGUUUCCAUGACCUUCCUUCAUGCGGCCCUGGAUCGUGGCUAAAGGAAAUCUCAAGAGAGGAAUGGCUAAUUGCCCCAAAUCCCCAGGUGUCCAAGUUCGCAGUGAAGGCCAGUUCUUCCCAAUGUAUAGCCGGAAUGUAGAGGACUCAGGUCGUGACCGUUCAUACACGGAUAUCAGAUGUUAUCUGUAAAGAACUGGGGUGGGAGGGACUCAUAGUUGAACCAAGAGUAGUGCAGGAAGGCGUGACUGUUGUCAGGGCUGGAAUUCAUCACUGCUGCUAAAGUCCAGGGUUCUUGACUCUUCCUUAGCUGUUAGGUCUCUCCCCUCUUUCCCUUAGGGCGUUAUAUUCAUUUACGUAUUUAUUGAUUUAGCAACUUACGUUCUGUUCAUCACAAACGCAAAGCAAAAAAAAAAAUCUCUUUUUACAUAAACGUCCAUGUGUCGCAAGUGAAACACUGUGAAUCUCACAACCACCUCCAAGCAAUUACGCUGCCAUCUUGACGUGCGUCUCAGGAGCUGGGAUGGGAAAAGAGGAGGAUGUCAUUUUGCAGCCUACGCAUUCUGGGCCAGGUCCGUGUUUUUUUUUUUUUUUUUUUUUCUUUCCUUUGGUCUGUGAGUUAAGAAAACGAUCCGAGUGGAGGUUGACAGGAUGUCCGGCAAGCUCGGCGAAGUGGCACAAACUCCUUGUAGCGAUCGGUUUGAGCAGGAAGGAAAACCGUGGGAGAAGGAGAAGGAGAAGGGAAGUUUGACGGGGGGGAGGGUGGGGGCUCUAUCUUACGGCCUGUGUAACUUACCGUUGCUUCAAAUGUAUACAACGGCUGGAAGUGUUUUCAACACAAGGUAUCUGAGCUGUUAAACGUGAGUCUUAAACAUGUACUCCCUUAAGGAAUGGACCUAUGGAAACGUUGCUCCCCGAAUUCCCUACGAAUCUGCCUAGAGAUGUGAAUGCCUACAUUCGCUUAAGCAUCAGACCGAUGCUUGUAUAUACCGGGGCCAUACACACUCAUUUCAACGUCUCUCUGCAGAUGUAUUUCCCCUUCAUCGGUGACCUGGUAUUUAGAAUUCUGUCUUUUCAGUUGAUUUAGUCCCCUUUAAAUGUGGUGUCUCUGUGCCGAUGAUUAAACCGGUUCUUACUUGUUUUUAUUUUGCGAUCUGUUUUGAAGUCCAGUGCUUUACUGAGACUUAAUUGCAUCUUGGCUGAUUUCAAAGUGACACCUGAAUACAGUGUUUUUUAAAAAAAAAGUUCGUUUGUAAAUCAUGUGACCUGUUUGUAAAUCAUGUGACCAGCUUCUCUCAACCUGACAUGGGAUGUCUCUUGUACUACAGCGUAUUUAAUAAAAAAAAAAAAAAAAGAAAGAAAGAAAAAGAAAAGAAAGAAAGAAAGAUGUCUUACAAUAAAUAACAUCCUCCACCAA